AUCUUUUGAAUACGCGUUGAACGAUCAAACCAAACCAAACCAAGCCACUCAGCUUUCUCUUUCUUGGUAAUUAAGCCUCAUCAGCAUCAGACUUUCCUUUCUCAAUUCCCAGUCCUCGAUUACUUAUCUGGGCUUUUCGAGAAAUUCUGGUUUCUAAAGUCCCUGAUCAUGAAAAACAAGGCAAAGGAAUUUCUGGGUUUCAUUCUUUUUUGCAUAAUAACAUACGGGGACAAUUGAAUUUGGCGAAUUUGGAACUGGGUAUGUUUGAAUUUGUCAAAAUACUAUCUUCAUUUUUUCUGGGUUCAUGCUCUAUUUUGAGGUAUUUACAGUAAGUGGUGAUGUUGAAGUUGGGGAAUUUAUGUGUAUGUUUUUGUAUUUGAAUCUUGAGAUUUCAAGAAUUGUGUAAUCUGUGAAUUGGAUAUAAGGUAGAGCAUGAAUUCUUUGAGUGGCUAUUGGUUGCUUAUCAAUUGGUGAGUUUCCCUUUAAUGGAAUUGAGGAAAGGAGAAGUUUAGGGGAAGUUUGGGAUUGGUUUUGGGUACUGAUCAUUUUUAUUUGUUUAUUUUUUAAUUUUUUUGCUUGUGAAAAGGGGUUUUAAACCUUUGGUGGGUAUAUCAAUUUGUAGUGAAAUAUGGGUUGUGCGUGUUCAAAGACUUCUGCUGUUGAAGACAGUAGGGCAAGUCCCAGGAAGAGAUCAUCCUCUUCAAGUAAACAUUACUCAGAGCUGAAGGUCUCAAGACACAAUUCUUCAAGAAGAGAAGAAGGGGUUAGGAUAAAAGAGAGAUUGGAUGGCGGUGAUGUGAAAGUCAUGUUGAUCGAUAAGAAAGCCAAUGGUUCAAGGAGAAGUUAUGGGGAUCACGAGACCGAGAGAAAAAAGGCGGAGAAGGCUGAAGUUAUUGUCCCUAAUCAUCCAGGUUUCGGAAGAAUUCCGAAGGCUACUCAAGGAGAACAGGUUGCUGCAGGGUGGCCGGGGUGGCUAUCCGCGGCGGCACCCGAAGCUAUCAAAGGAUGGUUGCCACGGCGUGCUGAUACUUUCGAGAAGUUGAAUAAAAUUGGCCAAGGAACUUAUAGUAAUGUUUAUAAGGCUCGUGAUGUCCUCAACAAUAAAUUUGUUGCUUUGAAGAAAGUACGGUUUGAUAAUCUUGACCUUGAGAGCGUCAAGUUUAUGUCAAGGGAAAUCCUCGUUCUUCGACGGCUUGAUCACCCUAAUAUAAUCAAGUUGGAAGGGUUGAUCACUUCUCGUACCUCUUGCAGUUUAUAUCUGAUUUUUGAGUACAUGGAACAUGAUCUUACAGGCCUUGCAUCACGCCCGGGAAUAAAAUUCACUGAGCCACAGGUCAAAUGUUACAUGCAGCAACUUCUAAGUGGACUUGAUCAUUGCCAUAGUCACGGUGUUCUGCACCGUGACAUAAAGGGUUCAAAUCUUCUCGUUGACAAUAAUGGCAUAUUGAAAAUUGCGGAUUUUGGUUUGGCAAGUUUUUAUGAUCCUCAUCAUAGUGUUCCAUUGACGAGUCGGGUGGUUACUCUUUGGUAUAGACCCCCAGAACUUCUACUCGGAGCCUCUCAUUAUGGGGUUGCUGUGGAUUUAUGGAGUAGCGGUUGCAUUCUGGGAGAAUUAUAUGCUGGCAAGCCAAUCUUGCCUGGAAAAACAGAGGUUGAGCAGCUUCAUAAAAUCUUUAAGCUCUGUGGCUCACCAUCCGAUGAAUAUUGGAGUAAAUUGCACUUACGGCGCUCAAUAGUGAUGAAGCCUCCACAACCUUAUAGACGAUGUGUCGCGGAGACAUUCAAAGAAUUUCCUGCUCCUGCUGUGCAGCUUAUGGAGACCUUACUUGCCGUAGAUCCUGCCAAUCGAGGAACUGCAGCUUUCGCUGUUAAGAGUGAGUUCUUCACGACGAAACCUCUUGCUUGUGAUCCUUCAAGUUUGCCCAAGUAUCCUCCCAGCAAGGAGAUCGAUGCGAAAUUCCGAGAGGAAGAAGCUAGAAGGCAAGGAACACUUGGUGGAAGGGCACACAAGGUUGACCUGGAAAGGAGAGGACAAAGAGAAGCUCAGGCAAUUCAAGCACCGAAUACUAAUGCUGCGAGAAGACAAGACUAUUAUGGCACAAAUAGCCAUAGCGAAAUUUUCAACCGUCGUAGGGAGGAAAAAUCUGUUUCUGGUUUUCUGGUUGAUCCAACCAAACAAUUGCGUGCUGUUAAAGACUCGAGAAAAGAUUCGGGAGAUGAUCUCAAUCGGAAGGUCUCACUUUCAGGACCACUAGUUCAUGGGCCUGGACGCAGAAGAUCCGGGAGAGAAUGCGAUAAUGAUCCUCUUGUGGCUUCAACCAGAGCCAACUUGUCUAAAUUAUCUGGUUUAGUUGCAGCUAGGACGGUGUCCUCCGACGAUCAGCAAGAGAACCCUGAUCCUCCACAUCCGGGAACAGUGAGUGACUUAGGAAGAUUCCGGGGCUCAAUGAAUGAAGCGGAGUCUGCAAGAAUGCAGGACCGAAAACAUCGCUCGAAGAAAGUUGAAUAUUCUCGCCCACCAGCUGAUGAAACACCUUGUACCAAAGAAUCAAGUCUGCAUGGUCAUGGCCCCAAGACAAACAAAAUUUAUGUCUCUGGCCCAUUGCUUGUCUCAUCGAACAGCGUCGAUCAGAUGCUUAAGGAGCAUGAUCGCCGGAUCCAAGAAUUUGCUCGACGAACACGACUCGACAAAACAAAACCCGGGGCACAGGGAGCCGCAAAUCCAACAUCUGCUUCUAAUCAUGUAGCUGGAUAGCUAUUAUUCAAUCCAAAUAUUUUCCUUUUAUCACUUACUACAGUUCUUGUGGAGAUAGUUAUAUAGCUCAAAUGGUGGGUAGAUAGAGAUAGAGAUGGAGAAAGAGUGAGAGUUCUAAGCUCUCCCCUUGUAUUAUUUGUGUGAUUGUUCCAUGUAUAGGUAGAGAUCUAGCGUAAAAUAUUAGAGUGCGAAUUCUGUAGGAAGCCAUAAUCCAUUGUAUUCUGGCAUGCCAUAAUUCAAUUGAUAAAAAUAGCAAGAAAAAAAGAGCAAAAUUUAUUUUUAGACU